AUGGCCGAGCACUUCGGAUCUAACGGCUUCGACUUUGGUGGCGGAGGCUUUGAAUUCAGAGACUCUAGCUUCGGAGGCUCUGGAUUUGGACACUGGAGUUUCCCAUCUAGCAGCCCUAUCCUUAACAACCACUCGACCUUCGACUUCUUUAGGGACUGUAAUCCUUAUUCGGGUUCCAGCCUUGACCGCCCCAAGCCCUCGGCAUACAGUUCUGUCCCCAAGGGGCCAGGAAACCACGAGUAUGACUUUUUCGUCUCCAACCUACGCGAGGGAGAUGCUUCAUCGAGUUCAGAACCGCCGAUGGCACCUACAAGUGAUACUACGUUCAUGCCCCGUACGUUCACGACUCAACGAGGGAGCUCGAAUGACUCUCCUGGGUACAACGCACCCCUAAACUUCAUUGACCAGAGUUGGGUCACUUGGAGUGCCUCCGGCUCCGGACUACCUAAGCUUGACAUUCAACUCAAAACUCCUCGGUGGGCCAAGGCAGGACGGUUGGAGUAUGACCAUAGCUUUACGUUUGAUCCCCACGCCGACCUGACAUUCCCAUGCACCACCAAGAGACUCGUCUAUAAGUCGCCUUUGGAGAGAGUCGAGUUUGGCCUGGGCAGCUAUGGGGACCUUCCGACCUGGACGACAACGCAGGACGCCUGGAUCGCAUUCGACGUAACGGGGAGCCGUUCCAAAACGAUUUUCUCGCUUGCAUCAGUAGCAGACUUGGUUUGGAUGGUGUUGGAGCUGCAGUUGACCAUCACUGGAAUAGCCACGCAAAGACCAAGAACUUGUUUUGUUGAGCACCAUCACAAGGUGGAUGGGUGUGGCGAGGGCAAGGUCAAGGUCCAGCAUCGGACCAAGUCGUCAGAUGAGCGAGGUGCGCAUCGAGAUGCCUCCAUGCUUCCCAACUGGCUGCUCGACCCGGAUCGCUCUACCGUUCUCACCGCGUGUGGACCCCAUGAAGUGGCGAUCGAGCCCAGAUUCGACGGGCAGAGACAUGGGGCCUUAUCCCACCUUCUUCUCAAGGUCCUCGAGGGCGUCGGCCGAAAGUAUCGAUCGACGGCCUCUAAGAUCAUAAACCACUAUCCCUCUGUCACCAGGCCCAGCAGUAUAUACGUGAGAAAGCGCGCAUUCGUUAACCUAUUAGUUACUCUCCCCUGUACCUAUAUAAUCUCCACCGAUAUGCCAGGAAUCCAGGACAUAAUACUAGCCCCGUUGCCACUGCCAGCGUGA